UUAAACCGGCAACAUGCAUGCCAUAUGGUACUAGACAAGGUAAUGCAUGUGUUAAGUAUAAUCAUGCCUUAUCAUGCGUGCACAAUAAUAUAACAACAAAACAAAUAAUACUCUGCAGCUAGUUGUAUUUGCUUGUUCGUAAUCCCAUGUUUAUCAUUACUUUACGAGCUAAGUAACAUCUUUGUUAUGUAUGAUCAAAAUCUUCUCUAUUUAACAAUUUCGUAAAUAAUCAUACAGAUCAAUAUAAAUAGUAUUGCCAAUGUGAGAAUAUGGUUAGCACUUAGCACACAAACAUAAAAUAUUGAAUAUUUUUAGUCAAAACGUAAACGUCAAGAUAAAGAGGCACUUAUUUCUCAAAUGCGUGUGAAAUCCGUGUGUGCAAUAAUAUGUCAACGCUCAUAGAAUAAACCCAUGUCUAUUGUCUUUACGUUGACCUCUUAAUAAAGUUAAACCUCUGUGCCAAACCUCCUCGUAGAAUCAAUGGUGACGGGUUCCAUCCGAAUCUAACUAAUAUAUAAAAGGGAUUGAAGGAGAGAUUUGAAGCUGUCCACGUCACCUAGAAAAAUCAUCCAAUCAGAUCACACUUUUUUGAUAUGUCAUGCAGGUUUCGUAUGGGCUAUUUUCACACUUUCGUAUGGGCUCUGAUUUAUUAUUAGGCCCAUCAAUAAUAGUACAUCUGCAUCUUUCGGAGUCGAUAGUCUCCCCCCCCCCCCUCCCCCCCGAGACCCUUCCACUUCAUCUUCUCCAAACGUCUGAUCUUUCCCGUUACCUUCACAAUCAAUGACGCUGUUAAAACUAUUCUUCAAUUGUGUGAUCCAUCUCUCCUUGAUACUUCUCUUAUUCAAAUCUAUGUCUCUUAACCUAAAUCCAUCCUAAAUAAAAAAAACUUAAUCUGGAAAAACUACACCCAUGGCGAUGAAAUCCACCGCAAAGUCUCAGCUUACCACCGGAAAAGCUUUCGUCGCCAUGUAUUUCAACGACAUCUCACCAGGACGAUCUGAGUCACAGCUUCGAUUCCGGCUAAUCCACUUUUGGGAGGCAAGAAACAUAGCCAAAGCUCGGGCCUUUCUUGGCUUAGAGCUCCUACUCAUUGAUGAACAUGGGACUGUGAUGCAAGGUUUUAUAUCCUCUAAUCGUGCUGAAACAUACCGGCCUCAUCUCAAAGCAGGAGCUACUUACACUCUUCAGAUUUUUUUUGCCACCAGAAGCAAGGAGAUUUAUCGUGUUGCUGAUCAGAGUUUAACAAUUUCAUUCUCCAACGGCUCUGUUCUCGCUCCCCUUGACGACGAUGACAUACCCGUCUCUGUCUCUUUCUCGGCAGACAGGUUCAGGUUCCACACACAUGAUGAUUUCCAAGCUAACCGUGGACUCAGGGGCGACCUCUACGAUGUCGUUGGCCACUUGAGGCUGGUGAAUGGACAGUCUCUCAUUGACCGCCCCGUCCUUGAUGAGGCCGAAAUAAUCAGCAUGCGUCAUGUUUUGGUACAUUUGCAGACGAAAGAUGGAGCCGUUAUGAAGCUGUACCUUUGGGACCAGGCUGCAAAAGAUUUUUACAAGAAAUUCACAUCCAGUGAAGACGCUAAUCAAUUUUUCCCAUGUCAUAACCCACCCACUGCAAAUACAAGCGUUUCCUGUUUGCCUCAUUAACUCUCACUUGGGUCAAUGCUCUUCACGCAACCUCUAUGUUAAUGCUUGAUAGUUUCAGAAAAGAAUUAAGUUGUGUUUGGUUGCUCAUAUCUCAUUAGUUUAGGCUCCUGUCUUACGUUGAGUUAUGUUGUGGUUCAGAUAUAUGUGGUCAUCUUCUCUCUUUGAAGUUUCAGCCAUUCAUGAAACAGUGUCAUUAACGUGUGUGUCUGUUUUAAUGUGGCAACCAAAAACAGGUAAUUUAGCUCUCAGUACGAUGUCAUCCUCACGUGUCUUCAUAGACAAAGAUAUCCAGCCCACGAUUGAUUACUUUAACUGGUUAGUAGUUGUAGAGAGAACAGUAAUAUGUUUGUCAAUUCAAAGUUGUUUUCUUUUCAGUCUCUCUUGAGUGAGCUUUAAUAAUUAUGUUUUGUAAAUUGUCUCAGGUUGACUUCUAACCCAGAGAUUGCAAAUCGGGUUAAUGCAGAUUAGGUUACUAGGGUUGAGACAAUGACAAUUGGGCAGAUCUUUGCUUACAUCAAGCAGGAAUAUGCCAAGGAAGCUUCUUUUGACUGCAUAGCCACAAUUGAUGAUGUUGAGCGUGACAGUGCAUGGUACUAUAUUGCCUGCGGCGGUUGUCAAACUAAGGCCACCAGAGGUCCUUCUUCGUUGAUGUGCGCCAAGUGUGGCAACACUAACGUUUCUGGUGUAGCGA